CAACUGAAUAUGGCAGAAAGCUCGGCUCUUAAGACUCAAUUCGCUCCUUUUGACAACCGUCAAAAAAUUAAAGGAGGUAGACCUUGGUGUGAUCAUUGCAGAAAGCCGGGACACUCAAGAGAAACUUGCUGGAAGAUUCAUGGAAAGCCAGUAGAUUGGAAGCCACGUCAACCACUUGAGAAAGAAGGACGAGGCAAUCAUGUGGCUACCGAUGAACAAUCGCCACAACCUGAAGCUAGCCCUUUUAAUAAGGAGCAAAUGGAGAUGCUUCAGAAACUACUGUCUCCUCUUUUGUCAGUACAGUCACAAACUGGCUCAUCUUCCAACCAGCUCAUUGGUUCCGGAACCUUGGCUCACAAAGGAUUUGGAUUCGGGGAAGACGAUUGGCAAUGCUGAGGAAUGCUCUGGACUCUACAUCCUUAAGGAGCUCCAUGAUCCACAAGAACAACCUCAAAUGGCAGUUGGUAGUAAUUCUUUUUCGGUUUCAUGUCAAAAUAACGAUAGUGCAAUUAUGUUGUGGCACUAUCGCUUAGGUCAUCCAAAUGUUAUGUAUCUCAAGCAUUUAUUUCCUUCAUUAUUUCAUAAAAAUCCAAAAUCCUUUGAGUGCGAAAUCUGUCAAUUAUCAAAGCAAGUCCGGUCUCAUUUUCCCAUUCAACCCUAUAAAGAGUCUAGUCCAUUCUCAAUGAUUCAUAGCGAUAUCUGGGGUCCGUCAAGAAUAAAAGAUGUAACUGGUACUAGGUGGUUUGUCUCAUUCAUAGAUGAUCACACUAGAUUAACUUGGGUAUUCCUCAUGAAAGAAAAAU